AUGGCCAAAUCAGCCAACAAUAGUGGUCCAUCUCAGGAUCAACUGGACGCUGUAUUAGAAGAGUUUUAUCCGGGUACACUGCUGAAAAUAAAGGCAAAACAGGAGUUAGCUGGAAUAAAAACUCUUUGCGACAGAAUUUACUAUGUGGUCCAAUUAGCCAAAGAAAAGGUGUCCACUGAAGAAAUUUUGAUAUUGAGUACAUCCAAAGAAUCACUGGCUAGCAUUGACUUCCACCUUGGAGAAAAAUGUUCCAAGACUCAGAAAAUUAAAAAAAUUACUUUUACUGGACUAAUUGCAGAAAGUUUGUCUCAACAUUUUAAAAACUGGACAAUUCUCAAAGAGGAGAAAAUUAAAGAGAUAGUAAGAAUCUUGGGUGGUAAAGUUGAAAUUCCAUAUUCUAAACUAAAAGGCUCAAUACAGCAAUUGAGUGCCGUUACAACCAAAUCUUUGAUGCAUAUGAAUGAGCAUGAAGUGAUGGUAAGAUUCGGCUUGGACAGAGAAGCAGCUCUUCAAGUUAAAAAAAUUGUUGACAAUGUUUUCUACGUUCCGUAUUCUCAAGUUAUCAAAGAAUCGACAAAGAUUCCAUUAUUUUUCACAGACUUGAGCAAGUACAAAGUUAUAUGUGUGGCCAACUUUCAUCACUUGAGAGAAGAAGAGGCAAACUUUCUUAUCAAUCUAGGAAAUGGUAAACACAUCACGAUUUUGGCAAAUGAUUCAACAAAGGCAAAACCUAAAUUGUUUGAACAAAAUUGGAAACUAAUGUCAACCGCUUAUAAAGACGGUAAAAUUAAAGAGGUUCAUGUAAAUGGUGAUUAUGCACCUGAAGAUUCUACCAAUGAUAAUAAUUACGAUCAGAAAGAUAAUAGUCUGAUCGACCAAAUUCUGAAAAAUAAAAUAUCUUUGUUAAAUUUCGAAGAGCUUAUUGAAGUUAUGCUGAAAGUUUUGAACAACAAAAAAAAGAACCUUCCCUUUUUACAAAUGCUUUCUUUGAUACCCGGCUUUGACAAUGCAUUCCUAAAAAAGUUUUGCAAGCUCGUUUCAAGUGAAAAAAGUAGCGUUUUUGAUUUCCUUAUCAAAUACCAAGACUCCCUUAGUAACAAAACUAAAGCCAAGAUACUACCUAUUUUGAAAUACCUUAGCAAGAUAGAGAGUAAAUUGGACACAUCAAAUGCUAAUUCGAUAAUGAUACAUAUGUUAAACCUUUGCAGAGCAUUAGGUGUUGACACUCAAGCUACUGAAGAUAUGAAAAAGCAAUUUGUUGAUUUGCAUCUUUGGUUGAAGUUCCUGCAAAAUAAUGAACAGCUUCGGAUCUCUGAUAAUUUGAUUGAAUGCUAUAUUGCAAACGGUACAUUCAAAUCAAAACCAGCUAAUAAUUCCUUAUCGCAAUUUAAAGAGGGUAAACCGAUGGAGGCGACAUUAGACAUCAAAUUUCCCGUUUCAAUAGCAAUGAAAGGCCGUAUUGAGACCAGAGAAGGGGAUUCUGCAGAAGUCAAAAUCGAAGAUAUGCCAUUAAGACGAUCUAAUUCCAGUAGAUACAAGGCAAGACCUUUAAGUUGGCAUGCAGGUGCAAUUGCUAGUGCUGCCAGAAAGCUCAAAUAA